AUGGCAGAUGAGCAAGUUGAGUUAGCGUCAAAAGAUGUUUUUGUUUUACUGGGAGUCUCUGCUCCUGAAAAUCUAGAAAUUGGAACUAAACGGCAAGAACAAGGUGAUACAAAAGGCGAUGAAAACGAAUCAGUGUUUACACUUGAUGAAGAAGACAAAACUAAAUUUAUGACUGUUGUUGCACCACUUGUUAUCGAUGUAACACCACCAGAAGAUUUGGACAACAGUUCUACUGAUAGUUUAACUCAAACUGAAAUCGAAGAACAACGAUGGUAUAAUCCAGCAUUGAACACAGGACUAGAAAAAUCUGAUUUCGAAGGUUUAAGAAGGCUAUUAGCAGAAAUUAAGAAUACUGACCCGACAAAAACCUUGGCCGCGUUGACCAAACUUAAAGCUGAAAAAAUAUUGGAGGGACCUUAUCAAAACAUGUUUAUUGCUUUAAAUGGUUUCAAAGUGUUGAUUAACAUACUUGAAUGUAACAACGAUGAAUGUAUGGAAAAUGCUUUGAUCAUUGUACAUGAAAUGUCCCAACAUUACGGAAUUCAAUGCUCGUUGUGUACAUUAGACGCGGUGAAACCUUUGAUUGCCAUUUUAUUGUUCAAAAACAAUUACAAAGUCAAAUACUUGGCUUCGGAAACGUUACAGAACAUCGCGAAACUGAGGAGAGGCAGGAAGCUUAUACGCUUGAGUGGUGGAAUUAAGACCAUGGUACAAAUGAUGAAUGUAUCGAAACACGUAUUACCCAUGCACUUGAAUAAUAUGAACGAGAUAAAUCGGGCCGCAGUGGGUUUGAUGAACUGCUGUUCCGGCACUCUAAGACAGUUAUGCCGGUCUUUAAAAUGCCAAGAACAGUUGUGGGAAACCGGGUUUGUGCAGCUGUUAUCGCAAUUGUUGAACUCGAAACAUGGGGAAACCCAAGUUUCCAUAAUGAGUUUAGUAGCGGAAUGUUGCCGUACUCGGCCAGAAGUAGCUGGACAAAAAACAGACGUACACAUUAGAGUAGCACUUAAGGAGCAGAACAUUUUACAGCAGGUCAUACAAUUUUUGGUCAGUGAUUCUACCCAACUCGCGGAAAAAGCGGCCGAAACGAUACUGUGCAUGUUUGACGGUAAUCCUGCUAUAUACAACGUUCUGCUGAAACACAAGGGUAUGGAAACCCUAUUCAAAGCUGUUACAAAAUUCCAGAACGACGACCACGUUAUGGUGUUGAUCAUCACUGUGCUGUGGAAGAGCUCAUUGCACACGAAAUGCAGACAAGUGAUCGAGAAAGACCGCAUCGUAGAUUUCCUUCUAGAACUGUUGGCAUACAAAUUCGACGACCGGGUAAUCGGCUACGCAGUCGCCACGCUGUCUGAAUUGUGGAAAUCUGAAUCGUUGCGUGGCAAGCUCAGGCAAUUUGCCGUGCCAAAGUAUCUGGAACUGCUCAAUACUAGCCUGCACAGCCUUGUUUUGGCACACGUGUGCACCGCUAUAGGUCGAGCGUCUAGCGAUCCGCAGAGCAUGGAAAUGAUCGACGAGGCCAAAGGGUUUCGGUUGAUUUUCGUACUGUUGCCGUCCCUGGACGUGGACGAGUUCGACAAGUACGAAGAUUUCUACGAACCGCAAACGAUCAUAGCCGCUGCCGAAUGCCUGGCCAUGAUAGUCGAAAACACACAAUUCAGCUUGAACCCUCUGAAGGGAAUGUACGAGGCGAUCUGUGACCUGGUAGAUUUAUUGACGCACAAGAAUUUGGACUUUUUAGCGGCAGUUUGUCAUCUGAUCGUCGUUAUUGCUACGUUCGAUGAAAAUUCAAAAAUAAUGGUCGACGCAGGAAUUGUCGAAAAUUUGGCAAAACUCGUAUCUACGGAGCACACGAACUUGAGAGCCAAUCUCUGCAAAGCUUUGGGUAAAUGCUGCACUGUUGGUGUGACUGCACGUAGAUUCAGCUGCAAACAAAUUAUAGAUAAAUUAAUUAAGUACACGCAUUCUGAGCACAAAGUCGUCCGAGACAACGUUCCUCUUGCGCUUAGCGGAUUAUCCGAAGACCCCUUAAAUUGUGUAAGGAUUGAGGCGUUAGGAUUCCUUCCGUUUUUAAAAAAAUGUAUACAUUCGGAUAAUCCUAAUACGGCCAUGGCUGCUGUUAACUGUUUGAGCAACGUAAGAAAAGCAAGCGCAGCUAUAGGCCAAUUUCAAGAGUGUACGACGAAGCAUUGA